AUGGCGCUACACGCUCUUCUGCGCAGAAAUCUCACCUCUUUCUUCUCGGAGAAUUUGUUAUCCCCAAAGAUUUCUAAUGGCAGUUUAUCUCUCCACAUCGCAUGUUUCUCGACGGCUAUCGAGACCAAACCCUCUACCCCACCUUCAGUUUACGAGUUCUUGACGAACAAACACCAGUUUUCCCCUGCGGUGGCUUCACGCGCCGCCUCCAUUUUAUCCCCUUUGAAUCACCCCGGAAAAUACGAUUCCGUGCUCUCCUUUUUCGAGGAGAUCGGGUUCACAAAAGCCCAGCUGGAGAGAACCUUGUUAAUCCGGCCCCAGCUGCUCAAGGCCGAUGUCGAGAAAACUAUCAAGCCCAAGAUCAAGAUUUUCCAGGACUUUGGCCUACCAUCUGACGACAUUGCUGUCAUAAUCUCGAGAGAGCCAAUGAUCCUGCACGUCAGCCUGAAAAAGAAGCUUGUCCCAGCAUUGUCCUGGCUAAAGGACCUGUUGGGUUCGACUGAGAAGGUGACCCGAGCUUUGAAGCAAUCCGGGUGGCUGCUUAUGGGGGAUCUUGAAAAUAUCACUUUGCCUAAUGUCCAGACCCUGAUGAGCCGUGGCAUGUCCAAGGACCAACUCGGCAGGCUCAUCAAUUAUUUGCCACGGGUUGUGCUAUACAAACCCGAAACUCUAAGCAGAUGCUUGGAAAACAUGGACAAAACGGAAGUCGUUUGGAGUUCGAAAAUGUACGUCUAUGCUGUUGGAAUAGUCUGCUCGAUGCCUGGUGGGGCUUGGGAACGCAAGCUGCAGGCUUUUCGGGAAAUUCUUGAAUUCUCUCAGGAUGACAUAGUUAGGGUUUUGAGGAAAAAUCCCAAUGUUUUUUCUGUGUCUGAGGAUAAGAUGAGGUUGGUAAAAAAACUUCUGUUGGGGACUGGUAAAUAUGAUGCCUCGUCAAUUGCUAAAUAUCCGACAGUGCUCAUGCACAGCAUUGAGAGGCGGUGCAAGCCACGGUUUGAGAUUCUUGGGAUUUUGGAAAGCAAGGGCCUGAUCAACAAGUGGCCUUCUCUCGGAUCAAUUUAUGAAAAGACAGACAAAGAGUUCUUCAAGGAUUAUGUUGGCCAUACCAUCGGCGAUCUUGGUUUCCGUCCGCCGCACCGAACCGCAGCUGUCGGUGAUGUCGUCACCGCCCCAACCUGCCAUGGCUCCACCCCCCACCGUCGCGAUUUGGCCAUCAAAAUCACGUCCAUUUCGCCGUCGACAGCCGAGUGCAAGUUUCCAUCACCGACAUCCCACUCCUCCGUCAAACACAUCGCGCCAAGCCGCCUUGUCUCUAGCACCCUCCGUGAACCAACAACUCCUUCGUCGUCGUCACGUGUCCAAGUUCCGGCUGACUCUAGGCAGCCGUGCGGCCUUUGCGUAGGAGGAUUCCGACAGCUCGUUCCACCGUUCACUUAA